CCAUCGGCACUACGAGGACGACAACGAAUGGGGCUGCGGCAGCUGGCUGGAGUACACCUUAGUGGUGGUGCUGUCCAGCGUUCUCCUACUGGGCUCCCUAGGGCUGACCCUCUUCUGGGUCAUUCAAUAUAGGGGCGGGUUCGCGUGGCGCGAGGACCCCAAACGCCAGUUCAACCUGCACCCUGUUCUGAUGGUGGCCGGCUUCAUCACGUUCAGCGGCUUCUCGGUGCUCCUCUACAGGAUCUGCCGAUGCUGUAGGCGCAUCUACGUCAAGUUGCUGCACACCGUGUUCCACGCUUUGGCCAUUCCGUGCGUCGCCCUCGGGUUCUUGUCCGUGCUGGACUCGCACAAUUUGGCCCAGCCGCCCAUUCCGAACUUCUACUCGCUGCACAGCUGGAUCGGAUUGGUCACGAUGGGCCUGUUCGCCAUCCAGUUUGUCGUCGGCUUCUUCAGCUUCCUGAUUCUGCUGUGCUGCGAAGGGGCGACCGCAGGGUUCAGGGCGGCGCUGGUGCCGAUUCAUGCGUCCUUCGGACUGACCACCUUCGUGUUGGCCAUUGCCGCCUCGGUCACGGGGUUGACCGAAAAGGCCCUGUUCACACUGGGGUCACAUUAUCAGCACUUUAACGAAGAGGGGAUGGUGAUAAACACGAUUGGUGUCAGUUUGAUCGCAUUGGCCAUCCUGGUGGGGUACAUUCUGCAAAGGGACGAUUUCCGAUAUCGAGCUCACAUUCUGAUCCGAUCCGGCGACUUGUAGAAGCGCCAGCGGUUCACAUUCAAAGUGUUCAAAUGUUGUGCGCAGCUCAGGCCGCGCCACUCGGACACUCUCAACUUGUUUUGCGCUCUCAGUCCCACUCACUGGCGCGGUCUGGGCUGUUGCGAUGUUGCCAAAGUUGUUGGGCCCCAACGCCAGCGGCAGCGGGCGAAUUUUGCAAAAAUAUCCCCAGUUGUCUUUAAAUCGGUUAAAGAUAAUGCGUGAUUUAAAGAUAACUCGGCUGCAUCCACAGCUGGACCAAAUUGCAACUUGUCCAAAAAGUAUCUCUAAUUUUUAUCUUUAAAUCUCCAUUCAAUCUGAUUCAAUAGGUGAUUUAAAGAUAACAGUUUUAGUUUGGGAACGUUCAGAUCUAGCAUUUCCCAGGACAAGCAAAAGAAACAAUCUUUAAAUCGGCGUAAAAACCUGCUUGCAACAGUUGAUCGAAUGUCAAUUAUCUUUAAACUGUCUUUGGUUUAGAGCCAACACCCGUGUGGUUGUCUUUUGACUGAUUUUUGUUUGUGUCAAGUUUAGAGAUAAUUACAAUAAAAAUUCAAAGAUAAUUGAAAAUUCGCUAUUGAAGCUCAGUUGGGCUCAAACCUCAGUUUGGACUCGACUGUCUGAGAAAAUCUCUAAGUAUCUUUAAAUCUCCGCCACCGUCACAAAUCCGCUUGGGUUUUGAAUUAAAUAUUCUCAAUCAAUAUUCAGAAAUCCAAAGUUAAAUUAGAGAAAAGUUCAUGGCUAAUCAACGCAAACUCAUCAAUCGAACUGUCUUUAAUUUAUCUUUCAAUUUGAAUUUUUAAGGCUAAAAGCAGUCAAAACUGCAACAAGUUCAUAUCUAAAAUUCGGUCUAUAGCGAAAUAUUUUUGAAUUAUUUCCACUGAAGCAGGUUUAGAGAUAAUUUUAAAUCGCAAACCAACGGAAAUUUAAAGAUAAUUUCCGAUGCAAAAUUGAUUAACUGACUGAAGUGGUCUUCUGCAUUCAGCUGCACAAUUAAUCAAACCGUCAGCAAAUUAUCUUUAGUUCGGCCAUAUUUUGGGGCUUAAAACAAAAACUUGCUGUAAAUUUAUCUCUAAAUUUUUCGCGAGGCGAUUUCAACUAAAGCAGCUUUCAAUCGUCCCCGAUUGAACUGACAAAUGAACAAUCAACUUUAAUUAUCUCUUUUUUAUCUUUAAAUCAUCCUCCAUUUGAAGUUGCACGCCUUAAAAUUGACCCUGAAAUUUCUUCAAAACGCCAGUGGUUUUUAAGAUGCUGAUUUUUUCAUUUUAAUCUGCAAUUAUCUUUCAACUUGCCCAGGUUUAAAGAUGGCCCAACCAAACACCAAAAAACGGUUUAAAUAUAAUCAAAAUCUGCUUCAAAUUGACCCUUGAGAUUCUUUCGAUUUGCUUAAUUUUUUUUUAAUAUGCAAUUAUCUUUAAACCUGCGCAAAUUGACCAAAAAAUAAUUUACAGAUAAUUAAAAUUGCGGGAUUUAUUGACUUUUUUAAUGCAUCCGUUGAAUUCAAUUAGUCAACCACCACUCAGUUAAUUAAAAUUUAUCUCUAAUUCAACUUAUCUUUAAAAUUUUAAGCAGUCAUUGUCUUAAGCUAACCCAAAAACUGCUUUCGCUGCAAUUCAUCUUCGAUUGGUCUAUUAAGGUGCUUCCAAAUGCCAGUGGCGUUUGAUCUACUGUAUCCAGGGCUGAUUUAAAGAUAACCCAAUGAAACGACUAAAAAUCGAUUUAAAGAUAGUUAAAAUUCCGGGAUUUAUUGACUUUUUGAAUGCAUCCGUUGAGCUGAAUUGCUCAACGACUAAUGAAUUAACACUCAAUUAAUUCUAAAAGUAUCUCUAAUUCAAAUUAUCUUUACGCUUUUAAGCAGUCAAGUUGCCUUAAACUGAAUCCGAAAUUUUUUUCGCUGCGAAUGAUUUUCGCUUUGCUCUAACUGAGGCAAAGAACAGAUUCAGCAACCAAACGGCAAUUUAAAGAUAACUUUUCAAACUCAAACAAUUUCCAAUUUGUCUUUAAAUCCACUUUAAUAUGGGGCUGAAAGGAGUGAAGAAGUUUUAAAAUUAUCUCCAAACUUACUUGUAUGGUGAAUUUUUCCGAGUUAAUGCCCCUGAGGCUGGUUUAAAGACACUUUUGUCAAACGCCGGUUUAGAGAUAAGCUUACAUCGAUUUUUUAAAAUUGCUCUUUGGCAUCUUGCGCAAUUCGCACACAUCUAACUCAUUCCAGGUAUCUUUAAAUCAGCUUUGAUUGAAUAAAGUUGAAUUAAAGAUAACUUCGAUCAAAAAAUCAACUCAGAUAACAAUAUGUUAGCAACUUUGAAACACAGAUCCUUUCUGUUGAGAUUCAGUAAUCAAAAGGCGAUUUAAAGAUAAAAAUGUUAAUUUUAAAGAUGUACCGAAAACCCUCGUUGAUUCCUCACUACAAGCAAAAAAACUAUCUUUAAGUCGGCUCUAAUACCUUCAUGCUACAGUUGAUCGAAUGUCAAUUAUCUUUAAACUGUCUUUGGUUUAGACUUAAACCCGUCUGAUUGUCUCUUGACUGAUUUGAUCUGUGUCGAGUUUAGAGAUAAUUACAACAAAAAUUUAAAGAUAAUCAAAUUUUCGCUAUUCAUCAGUCGGCUUCAAAUCUCAGUUUGAACUCGAUUUAUCUUUAAAUCUCCUCAACCAUUCCAAUUCAGCUGAGUUUUGAAUUAAAGAUAGUCAGUCAAAACUCAGCAAUCCAAAGUUAAAUUGAAUAAAAGUUCAUGGCUAAUGAACACAAACUCCUCCAAACUCAUUAAUCGAACUGUCUUUAAUUUGUCUUUAAAUUUGCAAUUUUAAGGCUACAAGCAGUCAAAACCGCAAAAAGUUUAUAUGUAAAAUUAUGUCUAUUGCAAAAGAUUUUUCAAUUAUUUCCACUGCGCCAGUGAUUUUCGAUCGACUGCAUCCAGGGAUCGUUUAAAGAUAACCCAAAGAAACCAUCAAAAAGUGAUUUAAAGAUAAUAAAAACUUCGGAUUUAUUGACUUUUUAAAAACAUCCGUUGAGUUCAAUUGGUCAACUGCUGACUAAUUAACACUGCAUGAAUUCUAAAAGUAUCUCUAAUUCGACUUAUCUUUACACUUUUAAGCAGUCAAGUUGCCUUAAACUGAAUCAAAAAAUUGUUGCUCAAACUAAGGCAGAUUUAGAGAUGAACAGAUUCAUUUAAAGAUCAUUUCUCGGACACAAAUAAUUUCCAAUUUAUCUUUAAAUCGACUUCAAUAUGCUUAUCUUUAAAUCGACUUUAAAAAUACUUUUGUCACACGACAGUUUAGAGAUGAGAAUGGCUUGAAAGCACAGGGAUUUUUUAAAUUGCUCUUUGACUUCACUCGCGCAGUUCGCACGUAACUCAUUCAUUCUAGGUAUCUUUAAAUCAACUGAACAAAUUAACGAAUAAAGUUGAAUUAAAGAUAAUUUCGAUCAAAAAAUCAUCUCAACCUGAAAGUCAAUUAAUGUACGUAAAAAUCAUUAUAUUAAAAGUACAAAUUAUCUUUAAAUUUAUUUUAAUUUCUACAUUUGACUAAAACCAAGGCGGGAUUUAAAGAUAAUGGGGUCUAUUGAUGAUUUAUGCGCUUCUGGGCUUCCAACUCAGUAACAUCUUGUGUCAAUUUGCUUCCUGAAUGAAACUCUUCCCAAUUUAAAGAUACUUUAGUUAUCUUUAAAUCCCCUUUGAAUGCCUAAACUGGUACUAAAAACAGCGCGAUUCGCUGAUAUAAAGACCCCAAAGUCAAAUGGAUGCAGUUUCAACUAGAGUUGGAAGUUGAUUUUUAACUGUAAAUCCCCAUCAAACAAUUAUCUCUAAAUCACAUCUUUAAUUCCUGGCGAUUUAGUUGUUUUUUUGUGCAAAAUUGGCCCCUUGGACUUCGAAGCAACGCAUUUCAACUAGUCCUAAGCGAAAUCGAAUAUUGUGUUUUCCCAUUUUAUUUUAGUGUUAUUUUUUUAGGUUAAACAGUGUUUAUAGAUUUAUUUUUGUAUACAGUUUUAUUGUUUAGUUGUUUUUGUGUUCGGCGUUUACUGUAGUUUAGUGGUUUGUUGGCCCGCAUUUAGGCGGCCACAGAUUCGGCGCCUCCAGCGCCCCCCUGUGGCUUUGGCUCAAUAAAACGUCAAUUUAG